AUGACAUCAUUCAUGGAAGAUUAUUUUCGAACUGCCUUAAGUAAAGAAUUGACUGUUGCACCGCCUGAACGUGAACAUGAAAAUUUAUCAUCGACAUCACGCUUAUUGGAGAAACAACGGGAAGUAACGGAAGCCGAAUCGUUAUUAUCGAAUCAAAAAGAGGAGUUUAAACUGAAAAUGCAAAGUUUGAAGUUACGUCGAGAAAAACUCAAUUCGAAAGAACAUGAACUACGUGAAAGUUUGGCCAAUUUUGAAAAAUAUAUCAACGAACUGGAUUCCAAACGAAUGCGUGCACUUAAACGAGCUCAUGACGAACGUGAUUUAGCAUCAGUCAAACAGAGAGAUAUUCAAAGACUUCAAGCAGAAAUCGACGAAUUGAAACGUAAACGCGAGGAACUCACGGCUAGAAAUGAAAAAUAUAGCGAACAUAAUCGAUAUCUUGAAAAAACAGUAGAAUUAGCGGAUGAAUUUCAAGAAAUUCGGGAAUUGAUCGAUCGUUACACAACUUUACAUACGAACAAAUACGCGUUGUUAGAAAUUCAAAAUCAACGCGAAGAACAAUUGGAAGACUUACGUCGAAAACGAGAAGCUUUCAUGCAAAAAAAAAAUAAUGAAAUCUUAACUUUAAACAAUCGUAUCGGUGACUUACAGCAUCAUCAUGAACGAGCAGAAAUCGAUGCUAGACGAGCUGAGAAUGAAUGGCAUUUUAUUCAAACAACCGCAGCUGAAAAAACCUUAGAGCUCGGCAAUGUUAUUCUAGCUGCACGUAAUUUGUAUCAACUUGUUCUUCGUCAUCAGAAAGUUGAAAAAGACGAAAGCCAUGACUCGGUCGAUCCGAUCAAACGAGUUAAACAACAAUUAGAUAAAGUCGAGAUAUUUAUUCAUGAUUUUACAGCGAUUACACAUGAAAUGAAGCGUUAUGAUCAAGCGAAAGCCCGAUUGAGUUAA